AUGGCUAACAUGUUUGCCAAAGAGGCUAUAAGGACUCGGGCUUAUGAAAAAGGCUUUUUUGACGGUCGAAAAAUCGACAUUGAAAAUACUAAGGAAAAAUUGGCAGAAGACGACUGUCAUAAGUGGAUUUUAUUGGACCUGUUUUCUUAUUCAUCAGGAGUCAGUGGAUUAAUAUGUUUGGAGUCUGACAAUGAGUCUGAAAAUAGUUCCGGGAAGGGAAAUUGGAAGCAUGAUGAGACAUUGGGUAUUGCUUUUGAUGUGGUAAACAAUUCAGAAUUUAGCUCCAGACUCAUUGGAUCUGCAUUUUCUCUUGGUACGGAAGAAGGAUUACCAGGGCAUGAGAAUUUAACACAAAUGUCUGGGGAGAGUUCUUUGCAUCUAAUGUCUUCUAAAGAUGUUAUCCCCCAGGUAAAUGAUAUUCUUGAUGAAGAAAUUGAUAGACUGGAGUCAACGGGGAAUCUUUUGAGACAGAAUAGUAGAAGUAAGGUCAGUGCAGAUAUGGAAAAAAAUGUGGAUGGAGGAAACGGAAAAAAGAGGAUGACAAAGGAAGAAAAAAUUCGCUUAAAGGAAGAAAAGAAACAACUGAGAGAACAAGAGAAGUUGCAAAAAGCAGCUAUGAAAGCUGAGGCUGCAGAGCUGAAAAAAUUACAAAAAGAAAAGCAAAAGUGGGAGAAGGGGAAGUUUGCUUUAAAAUCUGUUGUGGCUGAAAUUGAUACUAAAGUAGUUGAACUGGGGUCGGUUGGAGGACACCUACUUACAAGGUUUGCGGAGAAAGGUCUUACAUUCCGGAUAACACCAAAUCCAAUUGAAAGAUCUAUAUUGUGGAAUAUGUCUGUUCCUGAAGAAAUUUCACAGGUAAUCUGUGCUUGAGGAUGUGCAAACAUAUGUGGAAGAUCUGCCAUCUUUAAGCAUCUCUUUUCUUAUAUGCUUCAUGCAGUUUUUAUCAUAAUCCGCUUUUGCACUGAGCAACAUAUUAUCUUUGUGACUUUUCUCAAAGUGGUACACUCAACUCAAUCAUUAAUCCAGGGUUGAAUUAAGAUGCACUUUCAUCCUAACAGAGCACUGGAAAAGGUCAAGUUAUAUGCAUUUUAUAGAGAACAUGUCCUCUCUCAAGUUUGAAGGUUUAUGAAGGAGGGAAGUGUAGACGCCCCAUUUUGACCGGCCUUAAGAUUUUGGUGCUUUCUUCUGAACACCCAAUGAUGAAAAUUGGAAUGUGCUAGCUUAUGAAUUUCUCAGUAGAAAAAUCGAAUUUAACCUUUAAUCCCAACUUUCACCUGUUUUGGCAAAUUGUUUUAGACCGUGUUUGUACAUAUUUUGGGUGUUUUUUCUGAACUGUUUAACGCUUUCGGGUAACCCCCGGGCACUUGACAGAAGGUUCUUUAUGGUAUUAUUAAGUAUUAAAUAUAAUCAAUGACUGGGCUUUUGCUGGU